AUGUCGGUCAAUCCGCGUGACGCCUCUUCUUGGUGUUCUCCGCCUCGUCCCCCAUCCAAAGCCUCAUCAUUUUUAGAAAAACAUGGAUACAAGGUGAAGAAAGAAUAUGAAGCAGGUGUGUCAGGAAAGGUGUUUCUGGUGAAGGACAAGGAUGAAGAUCUCUGCAUAAUCAAAGAGAUUAACUGUAGAGAUGCAAAGAUCCUUCAAGAAGUCAGAAAGGAAGUUGAGAUGUUGAAGACCCUAAGCCAUGGAUAUAUAAUUUCCUAUGUGGAGUCAUUUGAAGAUGAAGAAACUGGAUUCUUUUAUAUUGUGAUGGAGUAUUGUGCGGGAGGAGAUCUUAGCAAGAGGAUGAAAACACAGAAAUAUUUUUUUGAAGAAGAGCAGAUUCUUGACUGGCUGGUUCAGAUUUGUCUGGCCCUGCAGUACAUUCAUGAGAAGAAAGUUCUUCACAGAGAUAUAAAACCUCAGAAUCUUUUCUUGACUGAAGAAGGCUACAUCAACAUAGGUGAUUUUGGAUGCUCAAAAGUGUUGGACAGACUCACUAGAGUGCACUCCGGCUAUAUGAACGCUCCACCAGUUGAACAGUGGGUACUUCAGCUAAUAACUCCUGAUAAUAUGUGA